AUGAUGUCGUCAUCAUUCGGACCAGGCCUCGCGCGACGAGAUACCAAUAAAUCAACCACUGGAUAUGAACCAACACUCGGGAGUAUACCUCCCGUGUCCGGCGGUGGAGGUCCCUUUGGACCUCAGAGUGCCAGCGCCAUCUACCAGCAGAUUCAUGACAUGUCAGCCAAGCGGAUAUCGACGUUGAAUUAUUUGCGAAAAGCUCUCGAAGGCCGCGUCUACUGGUACAACACCGUCCAUUUCUCCCGAGCCGACAUCAACCGCCUCCCCUACUUUGAGCCUCGAAAGCUCGCCCGUCGAGCCGUCAACUACCUCCUACUCGGCAUCUCCCUCCCACUCAUCCUCGACGUCAACACCAGUCCCCUCGAAUACCUGAAAGCGCUCAAUGCGCUCCUCAUGGAAUUCGAAGCCUUCCAACAGAUCCACCCCCCAGACGGGACGUCCUCCUCCAGUCUUGCGCGCGCCCGGAUCCCACAGAUGUUCAAGCGAGCCACACACGCUGGGACCAAGACCCGGCGCGCAAGUUCAGCCACCGAGAUUGGAUUGCCCAUGCAAACCAGCGACCCGAGUGAUUUGAAGAGCGCGGCGGCCAAUUCCACGUCGAGUGCGGCGGCGUCGGUGAUCUCAUUCGCUCUCACCGAGUCGUCGGAUCUGUUGCCGGGGGAAGAAUACACGUACUUGUUGACGCCCUCGUUGCCGUUUGAGCCGGAUUUCUUCGAGACGUUUGCGACGCUGUGUGAUGUCUUGAUUGAUUGCUAUGGUCGGAUUACGGCGCUAGUGCCGAACCCGUCGGUGUGUACGGUCACCUUGGGGGAGACUUUUUCCAAGGCGGAUGCCAGAUUGCGGAAGAUUAUGGUGGCCGGAGCGGUGCGGGAGUUUGAGGAUGCCAGCCGGAAUGGGGUCAAGAAUGAAUUGGCGGGGGUGAGUCGGGUGGUGCUGGGGGGACUAUUGGGGUGA